AGUUAAUAGACAAUAGAGUAACGUAUUCCAACGUACUGCGCUACUCUCCAGUGAUGGACCUAGGUCCAAUCCGCCGUGCCAUGCCUUUCUCAAUACCUGUUGAGUGUCACUUUAACAGAUAUCAUUACUCGUACAAAAUUGGUUACAUACCACAAGUCAGAUAUCAGAACUACUUCAAACCCCUGAGAACUGUGGACAGUGUUGUACUCACACCCCGUGAUGAGCUGUGGAGAAGGUUAUCGCCCACCGAAGAGUAUACCAUUGGUCACCCCAUGUACUUCCAAGCAGACGGACCCCCUCUUGCUGAGGACGAGAGGCUGUUUGUGGAUUCCUGUUAUGUGACUAUCAGCAGUUCUCAUUUGUCCAUGCCACGAUUUACAGUCAUUGAAAACCACGGGUGCAUGACUGAUAGCAAGAGCAGUACGUGGUCCAAAUUCAUCCAAAGUGGACAAAGAAAUGUUGUGCGGUUCUCCGUGGAUGCAUUUCUGUUUCAUGGGAUGUUGGGAGAGCAUCUUUACAUGCAUUGUGAAAUAGCCGUCGGAAGUUUUAAACCAACAUCAAGUGCAAAGUCCUGCACUUACAACCAGUCAACAAAACGAUGGGAAGAGUUAUACGGUUCAAAUGAUGUGUGCCUCUGCUGCGACUCCACAUGUCUGUCUUCUGACCUGUCUGUGUCCAGUAAGGUCAUCACCAGUGAGCCCUGGAUCAUGGAGUCUGAUUUGGACAUUGUCGAGGAAAAGCAAACAUCUCCAUUCAUGACAGAAGAGGUGGGAACAGGCUUUGUUGAAGUAAUAACCACACAGACAGCUGAGAUUGGACCUCGUCAUUUUGUGCCAGACCUGGGUGUGAUGGAGGAAGUCGACAAAUUUGUGGAGCCACGCCGAAUAUUUGAGGAGGUAUUUGGAUUGGACUAAAAGGAUUAAAUAAAGACAUUUAUGAUUGAGUUUUCAGUUAAAUUGGACUUGAUUUGUUAAUAAAUAUAUGAUGCCAUUGUACAUGAUGUAAUUUUUU